GGCUAUGUCACACAUGCGCAAUUCGUGUUGUGGGAAGCUCGUGUGGUUACAGCAUGCUUCUUCGCUCCUGUCACUGGCUGCACAUGAUCUGACAUUACAGAAAAGUCAUGAACCCUAGUCCCACUCCGGGCUCUCCUGUACCCCUGACUCUCACCGGCAGCUUGCAGAGACUCUUCAGUCAUGUGAAAUAUGAGAAUUUGGUGGCAGGACUCAGUGGAGGGGUUGUGUCCACACUGGUCCUGCAUCCUCUGGAUCUGGUCAAAAUUAGGUUUGCAGUGAGUGAUGGGCUGGAUUUGAGACCUAAAUACAAUGGGAUUCUACACUGUAUGAGAAGCGUCUGGCAUCAGGAUGGUCUGCGAGGACUUUAUCAAGGCGUUACUCCGAACAUCUGGGGUGCUGGGGCCUCAUGGGGGCUUUAUUUUUUCUUCUAUAAUGCGAUAAAAGCAUACCUUAAAGAAAGAAGACAGACAGAGCUGAGCGCUGGAGAACAUCUGCUGUCAGCUGCAUCGGCGGGAGCUAUGACGCUUUGCCUGACCAACCCCAUUUGGGUGACCAAAACUCGCCUGGUCCUCCAGUACAACACAGAUCCAGCUAAUAAGCAGUACAAGGGAAUGGUGGAUGCUCUUGUGAAAAUCUACCGCUAUGAAGGCAUCGCUGGACUCUAUCGGGGCUUCGUUCCGGGUUUGUUUGGAACCUCCCAUGGUGCACUGCAGUUCAUGGCGUAUGAAGAGCUCAAGAGAGAAUAUAACAAAUACAGAAAGAUGCAAUCAGAAACUAAACUGAACCCAUUAGAAUAUAUUACCAUGGCAGCUUUGUCCAAAAUAUUUGCAGUGGCUACUACGUACCCCUAUCAGGUCAUCCGGGCCCGCCUGCAAGAUCAGCACAAUAAAUAUGAUGGAGUAUGUGAUGUCAUGCGGAGAACAUGGAGAAACGAGGGCCUGUUGGGGUUUUAUAAAGGAAUGGUUCCCAACGUGAUCCGUGUCACUCCGGCCUGCUGUAUAACCUUUGUGGUCUAUGAGAACGUUUCCAGUUUCCUUCUGAAUCGGCACAAGUGAGAACGACGUGACUACUGAGGGACCAGAGCUUGUACCGAUCGUCCCGUCUGAGGUGAUGAUGGAGUUAAUGAAUACAUUAACUUAAGAAGGAGUGGAGAUGCAUUCAUGUCACCGGGUUCGAGGUGUAAUGUUUGUCACUGGUCCAGAAUCUGGUUCGUGGUGGUUUCUCCAAAAAUCGACCUUUAAGAAGAGGUGACAUUACUUCUAAAGUAAAUAUGGACAAUACAUGAGUAAAGGAUUGUACAGUAAUGUGACUAUACUUUUAUGUGUCUGUAUAAGUUAAAAAAGGGAUUUUAAUAAAAAAAGUAAAACAGUUAAGUUUUAUUAAUUUGUCAAGAGAAAACAAUGAAUUCUGGUGUUUAGGGCUGGGCAAUACUUUGAAUAUGAUAGUGCUUUUUCUGAAACAUCAGAAGUAAAACCAGCAUUGAAAUAAUCCUGAAUCAGUUCAUGCUUGAAUAUGUUUCAAUUCUUUCAGUUUGAAACCUCUAGCAGUUCAAUUUUCUUUACUUUCUAACUCUGCGCAAGUUUUGGAGGUGUUUUAGGCACAUACGUGAUCCUGGACCACACGAUUAGUUAUAAGGGUCAAUUUUUUUAUUGAGAUUUAAACAUCAUCUGAAAGCUAAAUAAAUAACUUUUAUUAAUUAUAAACAUGGACUUUGAAGUGGUUUUAGCAAACACACACUUUAUGAUCAAAUGUGUCUGUACGAACCCUUUAUAAAUGAGGCCCCUGGAUUGGUAGUUUCGCAUACAUCAUGCGUGACCUUUCAACAAGGUAAUCCGUAAGAUCAAUGUUUGUUAGGAUAUGACAAUGGGUCUCAUUCACUAAGCAUCCGUACGCACAAAUUUGUUUGUAAAAUGUGCGUACAGACACAUGAAGCAUGAUUCAACAAAAACUUUCAUACUAAAACUACCCAGUCUUACGAAAUUAAUAAUAUAGUCACGUAACUUUUUAAUUCUUUUUUGUGAUACGAUCACAAAAAAUUGUGCAUUUUUUUUUUGUGAUCGUAUCACGAAUUUGUUUAUGUGUAACUGUCACGUAUUGGGUAUUUAACUGCUUUUUCCUAUUUUCAAACCAUUGUCACUUCGGUUUAGGGUUAGAUUUGAUGUUUGCGUUAGGAUGUCACUUUAAGUAUUGGUUGAUGAUUUUUAAACCAUUGUCGCCUGGCGUUAGGGUUAGAGUUGGGUUUGGGUAAGGAUGUAAUUUUAUGUAAAUCUAACCCUAAACCGAAGCGACAAUUGUAAGAAAAUAGGACAAACAGUUCAGUAACCAAUACGUGACAAUCACACGUAAACAGAAAUUUGUGAUACGAUCACAAAAAAAACCCGCUAAAAUUCGUUUCAUGAGACUGGGCUGCUUCUAAAGGUUUGCAAAAAUGUAUGAACAACUUAGAUCACACAUGCGCAAUAAUCAUGAACUAGGAAAAAGAACCCUAAAAUAUAUAUCUGUGUUUAUAUAUAUAUAUAUUUUUUUUUUUCUUAUUCAUGAUUAUUGGGUACGUGUGUUCUUACAUUUUUGCAUACAUUUAAAAUACAUUUUAGUAUGAAAGUUUUUGUUAAAUCAUGAUUUGUAAGUUAAAACGUCCGUACGCACAUUUUCCAAAAAAAAUUGUGCGUACCCAUGCUUAGUGAAUGAGACCCAAUAUUUGGCCGAGAUACAACUAUUUAAAAGGCUAGCAAAAAUCUAAAUAUUGAGAAAAUUGCCUUUAAAGUUGUCCAAAUAAAGUUCUUAGCAACACAUAUUACUAAUGAUAAAUACAGUUUUUAUAUAUUUACAGUAAGAAAAUGUAAUAAUUAUUUUUAAAGGAACAUGAUCUUUACUUAAUAUCCUAAAGAUUUUUCUAAAAAAAAUCCUAAUUUUGAUCCAUACGAUGUGUUGUUGGCUAUUGCUAUAAAUAUACCCAUUCGACUUAUGACUGGUUUUGUUAUAAUAAGUAAAUAUUUAACGUAAAUAUUAUUUAUAAUGGUGUAUUUUACAUAGUUGUGUUUGAAAAACAUGUAAAGAGUUUCGUUGCAAAACGAGAGAGAUAAAUAAAUUUUUUACAUUUUUGUGAAAACAUGUUUAUUAUUAUGUUAUCAUGUUAUUGUGUUGUUUUAUGGUGCUACUUAACUGUAUUUUUUAAGUUAUGGAGGUUUAAAUAAAAACAAACCAACUGCAGUUGAAUUAAUAUUAAUUGGAAUGCACGACCAAAAAACGAGAUUUCUGAAAAAAAAACCCGGAGUUAUCUCGUUUUGCAAAGAAACUCUCAAUGUAUUUAUAUUUUUUUAACCAGAUUUGUACCGUUUUGCUUUUAAGGUUUUAUUUUUAAAGUACAUCGGCUUUUUUGCCUUUAUUGAAAAAUCACUCAAAGUUCAAAGCAAAUACAUAUCAAGAUAUAUAUUGCCAUCAUCGAUUUUGCGAUAUUUUAUCUGUACUGCCCAACCCUAAUAUGUAGUAAUUCAUCUGUGACAUUCAAGGGUAAUGUAUUUUAUAUACAUGUGUGUAAUGGGUGAAUAAAGUUUACUAUGUUUACAGCUGUUUUGCACUUGUACAUAAAAAUAUGCUCUGUGAUUUGUCAAAAGCUAAACUUUAUGAAAGUUUAUUUCACAUAUCAAGGUCACCGAUUCGCUAAAUUUGACAUUGGACUCACUGCUGACAUUUCUGUUAAUGAGCUGAAAUACAUGGCCUGAAAGUAUUAUUGCUUUUGUAGGUUAAACACAGCAACGCUCAUUUAAGAAUUGGUACCAAAGCCUGGAAAAAAUGUUAAAAAAAAAACUUUAUUGACGUAUAAAAUAACCCAAUAAAUGUACAAAAUCUUUACAGUAUAUGUCU